AUGGAGCUUUCAGAGGAUGAAAGGGUGUUGCGAGGUCUGCUCCAGUUCUUCGUCUGCGCCGAUGCAAGAAGAUCUGCCUCAGAAGAAGUUCCUCUGAGACUCAGGUACCGUGAGCUGGUGCUCACCACCUACUGCUUACCAGAAGUGCAGAUCAACGACAGAACGGCGAACACCAGCAGCGAGCAAGCCGAAGAGGCGACCGUGGAUGUUGAGGCCUUGGAGGAGGCAAAGAUGACUCCAUCCGAAGUGCUGGACGUUGAGGAGGUGGACGAUUCGCAAGUUUCGCGAGUGCGAGCUGAUGCCAGACGGUGCAGGUUACCAAAUCGGCUUGAGGUAGUUGACGUGGAGACACCGACCGCAGAAGCGGAAGAAUUGAAAGGAUACGGUGAAGGAAGCAAACGACCGAGGGCCAUUCUCAGCGUGGAUGCGGACCCCGAAAGGUCGAAGUCAGUUGCAGAGGCUGUCGCCGAGGCGGUUGAUGCUGCAGAGGCUGCAGAGGCAGCAGAGGCAGAAGUGGAGGCCAUCAUGAAAGAGGAGGUACUACGUCGUGCACUUCUUGAUCCAGAAGGUGAAGCCAGAAGAAGAAGGGUGCAGGCAAGGAAGCUGAAAGGCGGCAGAAGGAGAUGGAACUUUGCGGGCCGAGCGGGCCGGGCCUGCGCCGGAGACGACCGCUACCGAGAGCACGAGGUCGACUUGGAAUGUCGCAGAAAGCUUGCUUUCCGUGCGCGUGGACGUCUUCGAGGAUCCAUUGAGGACCAAGGCGACGAGCGGCAGCAUGGCAACGUGACCAAGCAAAGGGAGGCUGUGAAACUUGCCUCAUUAGCCUCUCACCCUGGAGCUCAACGUGCUUCCAGCGCACCUGCAGGUCUGCAGGAGCGGAAGCGUCCUCUCGCCAAGCGAAGCCCCAGAAAGGUGAAUCCAACUGGCCGUCGUGGGAGAGGGUCUGGGCGUGGACAGCAGAAACGACUCAGGCUGCCGCCCAUCGAUUUUCCAGAGCUUCCCAUACUCAUAGCAGACGGCGAUGACCAAGACCUGAUGCCAGAAGCUAGGACACGCGACCUCCCAGUGGUCAUUCAAAUUGAUCGCGAAUGCCGGCAGGCCAGGGCUGCGGAGUUGGAGAAGAUGCGUGGAGACCUGACCGCGGAGCUUGAACAUGUACGGAAGGAGAGGCAUGACGCGGCAAAGGAGUUGCGCCAAUGCUGUGUCGCAGAGGCUCAGGCUGUGGAGCAACUUCGACAAGCUUUGAAGGCUGCCUUUGGUAGCAUUGAGGACGAGUGA